GGGGUGGAUCGCUCGGUCAUUCAAAAAGCCUUCACGACUGGAGAUCGCCUCGCCAAGGAUGACAGCCACACGCAGAGAUUGUGCCUAUAAGGCAAAAGUUGGCAGACGAUCAUCGCCUCUUGUGCAAGCGAAAUAUCUUGGAUGUCUUCCAAACAACUCGAGUAUAUACAUCUUUGAGGCUUUCGUCUCCUAACAUACCAUCGGCUGGCCCGCGAUUCCUUCUGGCAAGGACUCUUAUUCAGCAACUUUCUUUUUCUGGUCAUUAUGGUCGCCUUGCUUCAAGUUCCGGCGAUCGCCGCAACCACGCUCCUUUUCGCAUUCGCUACCCAAACCACGGCUCUACCGAGCAAUUAUCGGCUCGAAACUAGAGCCACACUCGACCUUCCUACCGGCUGGACCGACGUAGGAUGUGUCAAAGACUACUCUGCUCGAAUCUUGUCGUCAUACCAGACGAGCAGUAGCACGAUGACACCGCGGUUCUGUGCAAACACCUGUCGCGGUCUCGGUUAUUCAUGGUCGGGAACUCAAAACGGUGUCCAGUGUUUCUGCGCGAACUCUGUCUCUCGACAAGACGUCUCGACCGGCUGCACUUCGACGUGUUCUGGAGACAAGGCACAGACAUGUGGAGGAAGUUGGAACAUGAACCUCUAUAGGCAUAGUUCGGCAGUAACUACCACCGCCGUAUCCGUACAGCCGAGCACUUCCACUUCUAGCAAGCCGACUACCUCGACGGUCGUACAGCCAAGCACUUCUGUCAAGCCGACGAGCACAUCGACUUCCACACGGCCAACUACGACGGCUCAGCCGACCACUACUUCUACCUCGGUUCGAAGCAGCACAACCGUCAAAUCUUCCACUUCGACCCAAGUACCCACCAGUACAAGCGUCAAGCCUUCUAUCUCGACCCAAGCAGCGGCUAGCACAAGCGUCAAGCCCUCCACUUUGACGUCCACGGCGGUAUCGUCGAUCUCGACCUCGAUCGCUUCUUCGACUUCGGCUGCGCCUGCUGCCUCUGCUACGGCAGUGAACAUCAAGAUAGCGAGCAGUAACACCGAGAAGAAAGUAUGGGCUCACCAUAUGGUCGGCAACACCUACCCAUUCACUUACGAUACCUGGGUCGACGAUAUCACCCGAGCGCAGAGCGCUGGGAUCGAUGGAUUCGCCCUGAACGUCGGACCUGAUGAAUGGCAGCCUUCCCGGGUUGCAGAUGCGUACCGCGCAGCCGCUGCCCUCGGCUUCAAGAUGUUCUUGAGCUUUGACAUGUCUACCUUCAACUGUGUGACCGACGAGCGGAUUGUCUACUUCCAGCAAUACAUCUCGACAUACCUGACUCACCCGGCCGCCGGAAAGUACAACGGCAAAUCGAUCUUGAGCACGUUCGGUGGAGAAUGGUGUACAUGGAAUCAGGGUAGCGGUGUAGAUGCCGUCAAUAAGGGAUGGUCGAUCAUCAUGGGCAGGUAUAGGAACAACACCUAUUUCAUGCCUGCCUAUACCAUGGGUGAUGGUCCUAGGAGCUUGUCGCAAUACGAUAUCGAUGCCGAAAUCAACUGGGGCUCUGCUUGGCCUAACGGUGAUACAGACCUGACUCUGGACAACGACAACUACUGGUUGAGCUAUCUCCCGAACCAAUACGUCGCCACGGUCUCGCCCUCGUUUUUCACACACUUUGGCUACAAGAACUGGGUUUACCGAAGCGACGACUUCUUGUUCUCCCAGCGAUGGGAAAUGCUCCUCGCUACGAGGGACCAGAUCAGUCAGGUGGAGAUCAUCAGUUGGAACGACUAUGGUGAAUCCCAUUACAUCAACGUCAUCAACGGAGACCAACCUCCCGAGAGCAAGGUCUGGACCAUGAACCCUGACAUCGAUCACACUCCUUACUUGAGCCUGCAAGCAUUCUACUCGGCCGCUUGGAAGAACGGCGCCGUACCAGCCAUCACGCAGGACAAGGUCUGGUUGACCGCUCGACCUCAUACCAUGGCAGCCAUCGGUACUGCUGACUCGGUUCCUCGACCUGAUGGAUGGGACUUGCAAGACGACGAGUUUUACGCUCAGGUCCACUUGAAAGCGGACGCCAGCAUCGUCGUCUCGACGAAAUCGGCUAGUCAGACGCUCUCUGGAAAAGCUGGUAUCAACCGUGUAUCCAUGCCGCUCGAGGUAGGCAGUGGGAUCAGGAUCCAGGUGGUCCGCGGUACUUCGACUGUCAUCAACCUAGCACCUUCCUUUACCUUUACCGACAAGCCUGUUACCAUCAGUCAUAAUUACCUUAUCUGGCAGAGCUAGAAUUGUUGCCGUACGCCAGGCAUGUCCUGUAUCAUAUAAGGAUAGAAUACUACAUCUCGCCAGGAGGACAACUCGCUACCUGUAUCAUAGCAUCAGUCACUCGUUUAUAUAAUCAUUUGACUCUCUUCCUCU